AUGGUCAGCACAGCCAUUGAGAAGCUGGCACAAAUACCUACACAGAAGCUAACCAAACAGUUUGUACAGAACCUUGAUUCUUUGGAGGGCUCGAUCCAGAACCUGCUGUCCGUGCUGUAUCCGCCCUUCGAGGCCACUGCCCCCAUUCUUCUAAGCCAGCUCUUCCUAACCAUUGAAAGCCGUUAUCAGGGGGACUCCCUACGGUGCCUGCUGGACUUCUUGGUCCCAGCUAAGCACAUCUUGGACACCGUGCAGCAGGCUGCAUGUGCUCCCUACUCUGAUGUUCUCUUCCUGUGUGAGGGCUGGCCUCUGUGUUUGGGUGACCAAGUUGUUGUCAACCUAGCUCCCAUCGACCCCCAGCAACUUCAGCCUGGUGACUUUUACCUGCAGGUGGCACCGUUUUGUGACCACUCAGCUCGUAUUGUGCUCUGCAGCCUCCUGGAAGAGGAGGGACUUAUAGCGGAGUUAGUUGAGGAGACCCCAAUCCCUGAGACUUCAUACCCUUGUAUAUUCAGCUGUGACUGGUUAGAGGAUAUCAACCAGGGCCGACAUGGAACUCCUCUUAGCCAAUGCCUGCUGGCCACCGAGCAGGGCGUGGUGAGGUUACCAUGGGGACGGGUGGCUGUGCCUGAUUUUGUGGAUGUGCCAGUGUGUGCUGGGAGUAGCAUGGCCUCGGCUCUUCCGUCACAUACUCCUUUAGCUCCUCUGCUUCCUCAUCCACCACCUGUUCCUCAUCCUGACAGCUCUUCUUCAAAUCUUUCUUUUCCUCUUUCUCCUUCAGAAGAGUCUGCACCCAAACAUUAUCCUAUAACCAUUAAGAAUCCUAUCUUAACCUCUCCUUCACAUCCCUUCUCUGUUGAGACAAGAAUAUGUCCAGCCAAGCACGGCAUUGCUGUGUCACUCUGCCUAGUGGACUCUAGGACUGCUUCUUCAUCAAGGCUGAUCAAAGUGCAAGAGGCCGAAACAGAGCCUAAGCCGAUUGGUCAGGUGUCCCCUAAUUCAUGGGACAACUGCUCAACGAAAGUAGAUCCAAAUAAAGCUACAAAAACAAGCACUGCUGCAGGUCCAAGCUCUCCGGCAAGUGUAGAUACAAAUGGGUGUAAAAGUGAAGAUAUAGGCAAAGAAAGAAAUAAAACUGCAAACAUAAAAGAUAUAGACAGGAGUGGACCAGUUAGUCAAGUUUCUGCCGAGGGGGAAUAUAUUGAUAUUCUGCAGGCAACUAUGCUUUUUAGCCAAGCUCAGAAGGUAAAAGAAGACAAACAGAAAUUAGAAAUGCAAAUGCAGUCAAAUGCACAAAUCAAACCACAAAUCCAAAGAUAUCCAUACAGAUGCGCACAAAUGCAAACACAGAUGCAGUUGAACAGGCAGACGCAAAGACAGCCAAACACACAGAUACCAUCUCAAGCACAGUCACUGGCAAAUGUGAAUUUACAUUCAGAAUCGCAAAAAGGUCAUUGUAGAUCAGAGGCAGCUGUAUCAUUGAGGCCCAACAUGUCCACAGAAGAGCGACCUCCAUCUGGUCUCCAUCAUUCCCAAUCUAAUCAUCCACACCCUGACACUCUAGAUAAUUCUCAGUGUGUCCGCACUGUCCGAUUCUCAGAGAAACCCUGCACCCCCUGCAUGAGGAGAAGACAGGGCGGAAAGGUGUCCCGAGCUCAGGAGCUGAGGUGUCGGUACAGGGAUUCCUACCAGGCUGCUAUACAAAACCCUGUUGCCUUUGGACAGGGGAAAGAGAGGGGGAGUAUGUUAGCUGUGAUGGAGGAGGAUGGUGAACUCUCAAAGUGCAAUGAAACACAGAGGCGUCCAGGGACUGAAACAGGGGGACCAUUGUGUAAUGUAAAAGGAAUGUGGUUUGAUCCUGAAAUGCAACAAAAAACUGCUUCAUCUGUCAGUGGAACGAUAUGUAAGGAGUCGGGAGAAAAAAACACUAUUCCAUACUGGAAACCAGGAGAUUCAAUCACUGCCCCCUGUAUGGAUUACAGAGAAACUAAUGUUUUACAAACUGUCGGGAUGCCUAAUCAGACAACUGAGAGGACCAUUCUGCCAUUAAAGGAACCAAGGGACACAUAUUCUGCCCAAACUUAUGGCAACUUUCACAAUGUAAACUUGGCAAACUUAGCAGCAGGAAGAAGUUUAAACACUAAUAGAGAUCAAUUAAGCACAAAUAAUACUCAGCAGUCUGAUGUGAUCUCUGCAAAACACCACACUUUGCCAAUAGGUCCAAGUCAAAUUGCAGAAAGUAACAUUAACCCAAAACCUCAGGAAAGGUUACAAAGCAGAAGCAAUUCCAUGGGAAUGAGUCCAAACUUUUCUAAUUCCCAAUCAGCACCACCGAACAGGGUAUCCAUGUCAGAUGGAAGAUGUUCAUCGCUCUCCACAGCUGUGGUGGACAUCUCAGAGAAGUGUGAGCUUGUCAUUGUUGAAGGUCAAAAAGUUCGGAGAAGAGAAGCUGCUGACUCCUGUGUAGAGAUCCCUCAGCUGCAUGUAGUGAAAUGUAAACACAGCACAGCCUUUCGACUGGUGUCACCUAAGAUCAGCAGGAGGAACAAGGUCAUGGCAGACGGUGCUCAGCAUGGCUGCAUGACCUCAACCAGUAGAAAUAGCCAUCAGACGGAGAAACCGUCACAGACAGAUGCACCUCUGGCAGCAGAGACUCCAAAGAUCUCACAGCCCGCUUCUGCUCGUCCCAGACCAGACCACCUUCCCCUGGGAGCCCCAGACCCCAGAGCCCACCCCCUUUAUUUAGGAGUAGCUUCUCUUACAGGCGGCAGGGACAGGACAGGCAGGGUAAUUAUUGAACUCUUUGGAGACCACCAGGGAUGGAGAUCAGCUGUUACAAGCCAGGAGCUCUACAAGAUGCUGCUUUACUUCCACUCUAUCACCAGGACAGAAAUCAGAGAAGCUGGAAUGAUUCUCAUUUUUGAUGCAAGGAAGACGAAUCCUCCACCACAACUGUACAAAGCCUUGAUGACACUUCAGGAGCAGACUCCCCAAGCCGUUAAUACUUUUGUGCUGCUUAUUGACAAGGACAGCAGACCUCAGCCAGAGCGGUGUCCUGGGAUCCAGGUCUACUUUUUCACUUUUUACAUUCUUUUUUAUAUGACAUUGCAUAUGGAUAAACACCUCGAGGAUACCGUGAACAUAUGA